CUCGUCACAAGAAGAACUGAGAUUCCUCACACCGUGAUAUUCUCUUCAUUACAAAACCCACAAUGGACGUCGAAAAUACCAGCGAAACCGAUGUCAACGUUCAGUUGGUGAGUCGAGCCGAAAGCACUGCCUUGGUGGAGUGCCAUGGUGCAAUGCAAUGGUGCAAUGCAAUGGUGCAAUGCAAUGGUGCGGUCCAGUGCAAUGGAGCAGGCAUCGUGCCGCCGGAAUCGAGUCUCCGGAGGCGGGAUGACGCCACGAUUCGAUCGAACCGGAUCGAAUGGAUUUGUUCGGGUGCCGAAUCGAAUCCUGGCAGGGAACGAUAACAACAAAGACAAGGACAGCCGCCGUGCCGGUUGCCUUCCGGAUGGUGCAUCGUGCAUCGUGCAUCGUGCAUCGUGCGACCGAAUCAAGCGAGAAGGGAUCACCACUCGGUUCUUCGUGCUCACUAAUUUUUUCCCUCGUCCUGUUUCUCUGCUUGCUUGCUUGCUUGCGUGCAUCGAUUUUCUCUCUCUCUCUCUCUCUCUCUCACACACACAAACACCAAAACAAUCCCCGCCGAUCAGAUUUCGAAGGAGGGCGACAAAUUCCCGGUCCCCACCGCGGUGGCCAACAUGUCGGAGCUCGUCAAGUCGAUGAUGGACGACAACGACGACGACGACGACGAUGAUGACGACGACGAUGAAAAAAAGACCACCGAGAUCCCCCUCCCGAACGUCAAGUCGGAGGUCCUCAAGAAGGUCAUYGAGUUCUGCCAGCACCACCUGGAAGACCCCAUGACGGAGAUCGAAAAGCCCCUCAAGUCGCAGAACAUGGCCGACGUYGUCCAGGCCUGGUACGCGACCUUUGUGGACGUCGAGCAGGUCCUGCUCUUCGAACUCAUCCUCGCGGCCAACUACAUGGACAUCAAGCCGCUCCUGGACCUGACGUGCGCGACGGUCGCCUCGAUGAUCAAGGGAAAGACGCCAGAGGACAUCCGCAGCACCUUCAACAUCACGAACGACUUUUCGCCCGAGGAGGAAGCCCAGGUCCGGGAGGAGAACAAAUGGUGCGAGGAGGCCUAGAAGAAAAACACGACACGGCA